GAUGGUGUGUCCCCUCCUCUCUGUCCUGGAGACAUGCCUGUGCAGGAGAUGGCGGUGAGUCCUGUCAAGUCCCUGUACUGGGAGCAGUUCCCCCCCAUGUCGCAGCGCCGCGUCUACUGCACUCCCGUCUACCACGAAGGCCUGCUGUAUGUGCUGGGGGGCUGCAGUGAGACCGGCAUGCCUCUGGACAGCGUAGAGGUCCUGGAUAUAGAGAGUCAGACGUGGAGCCAGCUGCCCCCACUGCCCACUGCGCGGGCAGGGGCCUCGGCUGUAGCAUUGGGGGGGAAGGUGAUGGUGCUUGGGGGCAUGAACCAGCAGCAGACACCGCUGGCCUCCGUGGAGAUGUACCACCCCGACGAGGGCAAAUGGGAGACGAAGGCCGGCCUGGGUCAGCCAUCCAUGGGAGUCACCAUUGUGGAGAAAGAUGGAAAGGUGUAUGCGUUGGGGGGUAUGGGAGCUGACACCACACCACAGGCUCUGGUGAGGGUUUAUGAUGCGGAGAAGGACCAAUGGCAGCCGAUGACCUCCAUGCCCACACCGCGGUACGGAGCCACACCCUUCGUAAGAGGAAACAAAAUCUUCAUGAUGGGUGGUCGUCAGGGAAAGAUGCCGGUGACGGCGCUGGAGGCUUUUGACCUGGAGAUGAAGAGCUGGACACGUUACGCCUGCAUCCCCAGCCGGAGGGCCUUUUCCUGCUGCGCCACAAAUGAAAGAAGCCUGUUCAGCCUGGGGGGCCUCCAGCAACCGGGGCCACAUAACUUCUACUCCAGACCUCACUUUGUCAGUACCAUGGAGGAGUAUGAUCUGGAUCAAGGUAUCUGGAUCAAACCCAGCCGAACAUCCAGGAUGAGGGAGAAGAGGGCUGACUUUGUGGCAGGAUGCCUGGGAGGAAGGGUAAUCGCAGCUGGUGGUCUAGGUAAUGAGCCAUCGCCGUUGGGCACAGUAGAGAGCUACAACCCAGUGAAGCGGCGCUGGGAGUAUGUGGCGCCCAUGCCCACCGCACGCUGCUCCUCUGCCCUCCUGCAGACAACCAGCAUGCUCUUUGUCAUCGGCGGAGUCGCCCAGGGACCCAGUAAUGCAGUGGAAGCCCUCUGCCUACCGGAAACAGUGUGACACAUGCACACGCGCUAACACACAGAGAGGAGUGCAAAGCGGCAUUAAUAUUUUAUUCAUGUGUGUGCAAAAACACAAAUGAAAACACAUGAAUUGGAUCCACAGAUUUAGAUACUUUUCUACCUUUAUGUCCAACUGAUGGAUUCCUCUUGUACACUUGGAUGUAAGAAACUCUUUUUGACAUUCAACAAGCAUUUUCAACUGCAGAGACAGUUUGUGACAGUGCUGGACGAAUUAAAGAUGGAGGAUGGAAGUUCAAGCCGGCUGCUGUGACUGGCGAGGACAGCUUUUCUACACUGGGGAAAUCAGAUGACGAAAAAAACGAGCAAAAAUCCGACACACACACGGUGUGAACACGCCUUUGAACUGUUGAGCAUUUUUCAGAAUAAAAGCAGGGUACUUUUCUGGAUAUUAAAGGAAGAUAGGGCCAUAUCUGUAUCUCUUCUUUGCGGCGGAGUCGCUCUCUCCUGCUGCUGCUUCAGCGAGCUCGGACACUUUUCUAUGACCUUAGAAACAUCCGUUCAGUUUUAGACAGUGACAUUCUGGGAAUGUGAAUAAUCCGUUUAACAUUCAUUCCUUCCAUUCUC